AUGGAAACUAAAUUAGACAUAGAAAAAGUUUCGCAAUGGACUGAAGAAAAUUUUGUGGAAUUAGAAAAGAUUCUUCAUGAUUCAUCCCUUUUAUUAGAUGUUUCAAAGUUCCCGCUAAAAUCUUUUGGAGAAAUGUUAAACAGAUACAUAAUUGAUCCUGACACUCCACCUAAUUCUACUGAGAAAGAUCAAUUCAAUGAAAUUACAAAUAAGUUCGACGAAAAUAACCAUAAAUCUUAUUCAUUUAAUCUAUUAAUAUAG